UUCAGAGGAGCUGCUUGUGGCAGCGUCACGUUGUGCUUCUCCUCCUGCAACUCGUUAAAAAAUGAAGAAGAGGGGAAACGAACUAGCGCGCGAGUCCCACCCCCUCCAGGUUGCUCGGCUUUCUAAAAGCCAUAUUCCUUUAAGAUGAUGUAAUAGUCAUUUCCCUGGAUGGUUUCUUCCCUGCACUGCUGAAACAACAGCAUCCGAACUGCACUGGGAACUGUGGAACCACCCAGCCCAGCAACCAGAGCCAGCAGCUUGGGUAGUGAAAGCAGAGAGCAAGCAGCUUCCCUGGGCAUCCUUUUCCUCCCACCCCACCACUCCACUCCACUUCAAACUGCUGCAGGCUUGUGCUGCUCUCUCAACCUGGCUGGGAACAUGGGAGGAUCUCUGCCCUUCCUGAUGGAGAGGGUACCACUGUGGGAUGCCACUGAAACUGCUCUUCACUGCUCUUCAUAUUAUCUGGGCUUUCUGCAAGUCAUCUGAAGCAAGGUCCUCCUUCUGAAAUUCUCUCCUGUCCUAAAGAGUCCUAACCUGGGAUUUAUGCUGCUUUUGCCUCUCUCUUUCUAUCUCUUGGUCUCAGCUGUUGUUGCACAGCUUCGCUUCUCUCCGAUGCCCAGCAUGGUUAACUUUCCUGUGCAAGGGUUUUAACAGUUAAGUCCUGCCUGGAUAUUGCCAACUGAGCUGCUCUCUUUCCCGCAAACCCCAGUCCCUUUCCUGCUUUUGGAUUUGCUUCUAUACCAGAUUCAACCCUCAGUGCUGAUCUUUUUUGGGGGGGUUGCUUAGGAAUUGUUGCUUCCCUUCACAGGAACUGUGCAUUUGUGUAACCAAGGCUUGUGAAUGAUAAGGAAACGUGGCUUGAUCCUACUGUUUGGGGCUUUGAUGGAAGAUUUGGUUAUACGAUUGUCUUGUGUGAAGGGAGCCCUCUUCAACUCUCGUAUUUCUUUGUUUUUGUAAGGUUCAAGUCACCUUGCCAGUUUUUGUGAUAAUCCAUUUCUGGACAAUUGGAAAAUAAAUCCUGUAACCUCAUUUCUGUUUCCUGUUCCUCACCCACCCACCCAUCCCAGUCUCCUUAAAUGUUAGGAGACCCCUGGGGGAGUGGGUAUAGGAGCCUUCUUGAAACCUUGAAUGUGAGUGUCAGUUCCCCCACAGCUUGUGGUUGGCUUGUUUAACAAUAUCAUGGCCUUGAGUGGAAACUGCAGGACUUACCUCCCUCCCAGAGAGCAAGCAACAGCUGCACAAUCCUACCCAGAGGUGAUAGAGCUGAAUGUGGGCGGCCAGGUUUAUUUCACUCGCCUCUCAACUUUAACAGGCAUUCCCCACACCCUGCUUUGGAAAAUGUUCACCUCCAAGAGAGAGUCGGCCAAUGAUCUUGCAAAAGAUUCCAAGGGAAGGAUAUUCAUCGACAGAGAUGGCUUCCUGUUCCGCUACAUUUUGGACUAUCUCAGGGACAAGCAAGUGGUCCUGCCCGACCAUUUUCCAGAGAGAGGGAGGCUCAAAAGGGAAGCCGAGUACUUUCAGCUGCCAGACUUGGUCAAACUUCUGAGUCCGGAUGAGAUCAAGCAGAGCCCCGACGAUUAUUGCCAUAGUGAUUACGAGGAGGUUUCCCAAAGCAGUGACACGAGAAUAUGUGCCCCAUCGUCACUCGUGCCCUCGGAUCGAAAGUGGGGCUUCAUUACCAUUGGCUACCGAGGGUCGUGCACCAUGGGUCGGGAGACCCAAGCAGAUGCCAAGUUCAGGAGAGUCCCACGGAUUUUGGUUUGCGGCAGGAUUGCUCUAGUCAAAGAAGUUUUUGGAGAAAGUUUGAAUGAGAGCAGGGACCCAGACCGGGCUCCCGACAGGUACACCUCCAGGUUCUACUUGAAGUUCAGGCACCUGGAAAGGGCUUUUGAUAUGUUGUCAGAAUGUGGAUUCCACAUGGUGGCCUGCAAUUCUUCAGUCACGGCUUCUUUUGUCAAUCAAUACACUGAUGACAAAGUUUGGUCCAGCUACACGGAAUACGUCUUUUAUCGAGAGCCUUCAAGAUGGUCUUCAUCACACUGUGACUGCUGCUGUAAAAAUGGCAAAGGCGACAAAGAAGGAGAAAGUGGAACCUCCUGCAAUGAACUGUCCACCUCGAGCUGCGACAGCCAGUCAGAAGCCAGCUCCCCUCAAGAGACUGUCAUCUGUGGCCCGGUCACCCGCCAGUCCAAUAUACAGACUCUGGAUAGGCCAGUCAAGAAAGGCCCGGUGCAGGUACUUCAGCAGUCCGAAAUCCGGAGGAAAAGCGACCUGCUCCGAACUCUAACUUCCGGCUCUAGGGAAUCCAACUCUAGUAAAAAAAAAUCGGCGAAAGAAAAGCUCUCGAUUGAGGAAGAGUUAGAAAAAUGCAUCCAGGAUUUCCUCAAGAUCAAAAUCCCAGACAGGUUUCCAGAAAGGAAGCACCCUUGGCAAUCUGAACUGUUACGAAAGUAUCGUCUAUAGGAGCGGGGUUAGGGCAAAGAAAAUCACCUUAUUGCAAUUUACAGAAUGAGAUCCUCCUACGUGAUAAGGAAAUAAAAUAAUAAUGGUAAUAAUUUGUUAGAUCACACACACAAAAAUGACAAUGACCCACAAUCCAUCACUAUAGUACAGCCUAAUUUGCCUAUUUCACCAAAGCAUUCCUAAUU